AUGGCAUUAAGCAUGCGAGAAUCUGAUUACGGGAAACGUCUGUGUGACAGAACACAGGGGGGGCUGGGAACGCUGGGAGGGCCGUCAGACGCGAUGCAGACCAGACCCCAGGGAAGGAGAGAGGCGGCAAGGCUGGCUGGGAGCACCCUGGCCGCCGCGCAGUGCCAGGAAGCUUCCGGCGCAGACCCGGGAGGGGUGCAGCAGCGCGGAUGCUGCGCGCAGGUUUCGGGGAGCCUCGCUCGGACUCUCCGUCCGUGCCGCCGCCACGGGCCGCCUCUGUUGGUCUCUCUACUGAAGAUUGUUUGA